GUCUCAUUUAGACCGUCAUUUCAUCAUCACAAUACAAUGCCUUGUUUUAAGAUUUUAACAAACUUACCUAAGAACAAAAUACCAAAUGACUUUGUGAAGAGAAUCACACCAAUUCUCUCCAGGACUGUCGGAAAACCGGAGAAUGUCUUCAUUUGUGCUGUUGCACCGGACAGCCAAAUAUCUUUCGGCGGGGACCAAACUAAACCGGGAGCUGUAGCCACAUUGGAGUCCAUCGGUCACAUUGAUGCAGAACGAAAUAAACAAGUUGUUAAAGAAGUGACCCAAUUUGUUACUGAAGAAAUGGGAAUUCCACCCGAAAGAUUUUUCAUGACCUUUUAUGACAUAAAGAACUACAACGUGGGAAUCAAUGGUACCACUAUUGGCUAACAUCUAUGUCUGCAGUUAAAACAUUUAUUAUUUGAUUCACGACUAUUAUAACUGACAUCUACUUUGAAUGGUUUAUUUUUAUUUAAUAUAUUAAUAAAUAAG